CCUGAAAACUGCAGCUGAUUUGAUUUCAUGAGAUUUUUUAUCUCUCAUUAACCACUUGUCAGAUUUAUGUUUCAUCUUUUCUACUAUGACAUUCAAAUAAUUUAGUUUUUCAAAUUGUAACACCGAGAUAAGUCACUAUAAUUUUUGAUAUACUGACAAGGAUCUAAGUUGUUAUUAAUGAGAAAAGUUUACAUUUUAUGUUUAGACAACCCAGAUAAAAACAAUUAAGCAUAAUUUAGCUUAUAAGAACACAGUAUAUGGCGUACUGCUUGGCAGUUUUGGCUUUAUUUCAUCCACCUGCCUGGUUUGCCAGGAGAACAGACCAUCUCCCACUAAUGUUUUGAAAGUGUACAGAUACAGUAACAGAUGGAAACAUAUUGUGGUGAGAUCAAAUAUAUUUUCAUGUUUAUAUAAAACCCUGAACUCCAUGUUAUCCCUAGAGUCCUCAAUAGGUGGCGGUAACACCCUGGUUGGUGGCAAAUUCAGCUAAAGUAGAAGAAGAAGAAAAUCGUCUUCUCGCGGGAUUUCACUUGAAAAUAACGCGGGACAGUGUGAGGAAUAAAUCCGUUGAGUUCGAAAGUGUCAACAUGCAGUCAACGGAGGGUAACACAUGUUUAACUAGAUACAACUUGUACUAAAUGACGCUGUCCUCAGCUUAGCGCCGGUUUUGGUACUUGCCUGAUAUAUAAAAACGCAGUUUAACACGGUAACCAUUACUGUUAACCGUUGGCAAACGUUUGUUAGCUACCACCAGCUAACCAGCUGACCCCUCCUAGCUCGGUUUCUAAAUGGAUCCUACGGAGGAUUUGUCUGCUCGGGUCCUGCUGAAACACAUCCUCAGCACCGAGACACCCAGGACUCCCAUCACCCGCAGUUCCUCCAAUGCACAGACUACCAGCGUGACCAGGAGCAGCAAAAGACAGAGCAAGAAAGAUGCUGGUCCCCAAACCCCACAGGACUUCCUCAGACGAAGCCUGAGACAUAAAAUACGCGAGAGUAUAACCAGGCAAUCCCUGCCCUCUGCUCAUAAGAGGGCCGCCUCUGUCGGGCUCAGAAAGAUGAACACACCAGCCCCAACCUCACUACUGUUUGAUGAUGGAGAAACACCGAGGCACAUGCUCAUGAACAUCCUGCGAACAGAGCCUGUGAAGUCUCCUGUGGUUCACGAGAAAGGUGCAUCAGAAGAGCCGCAACCAUCUUCAGCAGACUCCAGCAUUACUAGGAAGUGUCCGAGUAUUGAGCUGUCAGGGUUGGAUCUGCCUGAUAUAACUAUUGGCAACGCAGCGAGUACCGCAAAGGGACUGAGCAGAAAGAGACCACGUCGGAGUCUGAAUGUAACAGCUUUUGAAAAGCGUCUUAAAGAUGGAGAAGAUGAUGAGGAGGAAAGUGAAGAGUCAAUAGGCGAUCAUUCAUCACUUUCUUUGUCAAGUUCCACUUCUCUGAGUCUAAAAACACCAUUUGUGGAUGUUCGUACCGAGAAAAGGGUCCUGCUGAGAAGAAUUUCUAACCGUCGAAAAAUCACAGUGGAAGAAUUUGGGGCUGCUGUAAACAAAAGGCAGAUGGGAGGAGUGAGCAGCUUUGUGCAGGGGGAGCGAGGUCUCAGUGAGACCGCCGACUCUGAGGGCUUCACUUUGGGCUUAAGCAAACUCGGUGAACCUGAUAUCACGACUGAUAUCCUCCACUGUAACACGGCUCUCUACGCCCAGCCAGAUGCCAUGACCUCCAGCUUUUCCAUCAUUGCAACUCAGGACAAACCAACGGCGAUGGUGUCUCAGCUUCAGAGACAGAUGGAGCAGGAGGAGCUGAUGGAGGCGGAGCACAGCAACCUGGGGAAAGAGAAAUCAAUAUAUGCAUUCCCAACUGAAGAGGGGGCUCAACCUCAGAAUGAGGAAGAGCAAGAUAUAGCUGAAUCCCAGAGUAGUGUAAAGGAUGAUACAACCGAGUCUGAGGAAGAGGAGAACAGAGUGGAAGCUGAAACAGGUGGAGGUGACUAUCAAACCAAAGAACAAGGUGCUGCGGAUUCUCACACUGAAGAGGAUGUUGCUACCGGGUCUCAGUCUGAGGAAGAGGAGGCUGCAGCAGACUCUCAAACAGAAGAAGAAGUUGCAGUUGUAUUUCAAACUGAAGACGAGGGUGCAGGUGAAUCUCAAACGGAAGAAGAAGGUGGAGUUGACUCUCAAACUGAAGAAGAACAUGGUGGAGUUGAUUCCCGGCAUGAAGAGGAUAUUGCAGCCAGGUCUCAGUCUGAGGAAGAGGAGGCUGCAGCAGACUCUCAAACUGAUGAAGACGGUGCAGUUGAAUCUCAAACUGAAGAAGAACAACGUGCCGUGGAUUCUCACACUGAAGAGGAUGUUGCUUCCAGGUCUCAAUCUGAGGAAGAGGAGGCUGCAGCAGACUCUCAAACAGAAGAAGAAGUUGCAGUUGACUCUCAAACCGAAGAAGAACAAGGUGUAGUUGAUUCCCAGCAUGAAGAGGAUGUUGAAGCCAGGUCUCAGUCGGAGGAAGAGGAUUUUGCACCUGACUCUCAAAAGGAAGAAGGAGAAGAAGAAGAUGCAGUUGACUCCCAAAUCGAAGAAGAUGGUGCUGUUGAUCUGCAGUCCGUGGAGGAUGUUGUAGAAUAUCAAAGUGAUCAAGAGGAUCCUGCUGCCAAUUCUCUACCUGAAGACGAGCAUGCUGGGAGGCCGGAGGAGGAAGAUGAUGAGGCAUCAGAGCAGCUGGAACCGGACUUGGGACACAUCAGUCGGAGGGCUCAUCGCUCUGAGGGUGGACUCACUAUGCCUGUCAUAGUAGCAGGGGGAGACACAGAGGCAGGAUGGUCUGAUGGCAAGUCCAAAGCCCACAGCAGCCUGGACAUGGGAAGCCAUGAGAGCGGUCCGCUUCAUGUUGGGGUCACUGACUUGCCCGAGUCCUCAACCCAACGAUGGACAAAUGCUACUUACACUGAGGUUGAUGCUGAUAAAGAGAACUCCUUCAAUCUUCCGGAGGUGACGCAUGAUAUUGAAGAUGGUGGACACCUGAAUGUCGAUUCACCUGAAGAAGCUGCUGCUCAGGACCCAGCUGAGCAGGUGGAGGAGGAGGAAGAGGAUGAUGAAGAGGAUGAAGAGGAUGAUGAAGACAGUGAUGAGAUCCCCAGCAAGACCCCUGCAUUUGUCAAACAGAAAAUACACUUUUUCCAGCGCAAUGCUCUGGCCUCACCUUCUGUUUUUAAGAAUAUUCAAGCCAGCAGUAGCACAGGUGAAGGUCCUUCAGCUAAACAGAAGCAGGUGAGAAAGAGGAGGAAAGGGCCGGCUAAAAAGGAAACAGACCUUCCUAAAAGCUACCUGAUGGGCGUGUUCAAGCACUUCGCCAAAACCAAUGUCUCUGCCGAUGUUUACCCUGUCCUAAAAGAAAUAAUGGAUAAAUACUUUGACCGUCUGGCAGAGGACUUGGAGACGUAUGCUGGUCAUGCAAAGAGAAAAACCAUCGAGUUUGAAGAUGCUGAACUUCUGUUGAAAAGGCAGGGUUAUGUGAAUGACAAGGUGCCAGUGGAAGUGCUCAUUGAAAAAUAUCUCCGUAUGGACCAACGGAAGCUCCUGAUCCCCAUCGCAACCAGUGGAAAUGUUGUUAUCCCUAAAAAGCGGAGAUGAAUUUGUUAUAUUCAGCAUGUUUUUUUUUGUGGUGUCCUCUCUUGACUGCUACAUAUCUUACUUACACUGCAUUUGAUUUGGACAUGUGAUGUCUCUGUUUUAUGUUGUUAAUCAGAACAUAAAGGCUUCUGUAAAUGUGUAAAUAUUUGUUGACAAAAAAAACGAGUAUGUAAUUGACUCAUUUAUCCUGUGUGCAGGCUUAA